UUUGUGAGGGAAAGCUGUGGCGUGGAAGGUUCGCGAAACCGCCGCCGCCAUCGCGCCCUCCGUCUCGGCUCUCCGCCUAUGGCGACCGGGGCGAACGCGACGCCGCUGGGGAAACUCCAUCCGCCCCCGCCACCGGGCAAGACCGGCUACCCGCUUCCUCCUCCGGGAUUGGUGAUGCAAGGCCCGCCGCCUCCGCCGCCGCCUCCAGGCCCCGCGCAGGCCCAGCCGCAGCCGGCCAUCCCGAGCCUCAUGGCGGCCGCCGGUUUCCCCUUCGCCGCGCUGCCGCCGCCGCCGCCGCCGCCGCCGCCCCCGCCGCCCCCCCAGCAGCCCCAACCGCCCCCGCAGCAGCCUCAGCCGCCGCCGCCGCCGCCCCCGCAGGCCCAGCAGCCCCAGCCGGCCCAGUACGGCCAGUACCGCUUCCCUUCGCCCCCGCCUCCCCAGCCGCAGCCGCCCAUGGGCCACGAGCAGCCGCCGCCCCAGCACCUCCACCUUCUCCAGCAGGACGAGGGCGGCCAGGCCGGGGCCGGCAACACAGAUUACCCUAAUAAAAAGAGGAAGAGGAGCCGAUGGAAUCAAGACACCAUGGAGCAGAAGACUAUCAUCCCUGGCAUGCCCACAGUCAUCCCUCCUGGGCUUACCCGUGAACAAGAAAGAGCCUAUAUAGUGCAACUGCAGAUAGAAGACCUGACUCGUAAACUGCGCACAGGAGACCUGGGCAUCCCCCCUAACCCUGAGGACAGGUCUCCUUCCCCCGAACCAAUUUACAAUAGUGAGGGGAAGCGCUUGAACACCCGGGAAUUCCGCACACGCAAGAAGCUAGAAGAAGAGAGGCACAAUCUGAUAACGGAGAUGGUGGCUCUCAAUCCGGACUUCAAGCCACCUGCUGAUUACAAACCUCCAGCAACUCGAGUGAGUGAUAAGGUGAUGAUUCCGCAGGAUGAAUAUCCUGAGAUUAACUUCGUCGGGCUUCUGAUUGGACCAAGGGGUAACACACUGAAAAACAUUGAAAAGGAGUGUAAUGCCAAGAUCAUGAUCAGAGGUAAAGGGUCUGUGAAAGAAGGAAAAGUGGGACGGAAAGAUGGCCAGAUGCUGCCCGGUGAAGAUGAGCCAUUGCAUGCUUUGGUCACUGCCAACACGAUGGAGAAUGUGAAGAAGGCUGUGGAACAGAUCAGAAACAUUCUGAAGCAAGGCAUUGAGACACCAGAGGAUCAGAAUGACCUGCGCAAGAUGCAGCUGCGGGAGCUGGCUCGUCUCAACGGGACAUUGCGUGAAGAUGACAACAGGAUUCUACGUCCAUGGCAAAAUACAGAGACUCGCAGCAUCACAAAUACCACAGUGUGUACCAAGUGUGGAGGAGCUGGCCACAUAGCAUCGGACUGCAAAUUUGCCCGGCCUGGGGAUCCCCAGUCAGCACAAGACAAAGCGCGCAUGGACAAGGAAUAUUUGUCUCUCAUGGCUGAACUGGGAGAAGCUCCAGUACCAGCUUCCGUGGGAUCAUCUUCUGGACCGUCGAACCCUCCCCUGCCCAGUGGCCCAAGACCGUCAGGGCCAGGAAAUAGCCAGCCACCUCCUAGCCGUCCACCGUGGAUGAAUUCUGGCCCUUCUGAAAACAGGCCCUUCCAUAACAUGCAUGGGGGUGGCGGUAGUGGUGGCGGCGGCGGCGGCGGGGGACCUGCAGGACCUGGCGGCCCCCAUAAUUUCCCUCACCCCAUGUCGAACAUGGGAGGACAUGGGGGUCACCCAAUGCAGCACAAUCCCAGUGGCCCCCCACCUUGGAUGCAGCCUCACAACCCCCCAAUGAACCAGGGACCACAUCCCCACGGGCCCCCUGGCCCCCAUCACAUGGAUCAGUACCUGGGCAAUGCGCCAGUGGGCUCUGGGGCCUAUCGCCUCCAAGGAAAAGGUAUGAUGCUGCCUCCGAUGGGUAUGAUGCCCCCUCCGCCCCCUCCGCCCAGUGGCCAGCCUCCCCCGCCUCCCUCUGGUCCUCUCCCCCCAUGGCAGCAGCAGCAGCAGCCGCCACCCCCGCCUCCCAGCAGCAGCAGCACCCCCUUGCCAUGGCAGCAAAGUGAGUACAGCGACCACCCCCACCACGAGCGCUGGCACCGGGGGCCUCCCUCCAUGGCAGCAGCAGCAGCAGCAGGGGGCGGGGGCAGCAGCUUCUACGGGGGGCCCCCAGAUGCAAGGCAGCCCCUCCAUGGUGCCUUUGCCUCCCGGGGUCCAGCCUCCGCUGCCCCCCGGGGCCCCGCCGCCUCCCCCGCCCCCCCCGCCUGGCUCCGCGGGCAUGAUGUACGCGCCUCCCCCUCCUCCGCCGCCCAUGGACCCUUCUAAUUUUGUCACCAUGAUGGGGGUGGGGGUACCGGCCUUGCCACCCUUUGGCAUGCCCCCCGCCCCCCCACCGCCCCCUCCCCAGAACUGAGGAAUCAUUUUUCUAUACCGUUACUUUUUCUCACCAAUACAGAGCCAGGAAUUGGACUUGGGGGGCAAGGAGCUUGUGUGAACCUUAACCAGGAAAGUUGUACUCUUGUGAUCGGUAUUUGGAGAGGUGCGUGAUCCCUCUCCUGGUUGAUUGGCUGGUAUCUUUCAGUAGCAGAUCCUGCUUUUCUCAUCUGGACACUCCUGCCCUCUCCUUUCAGAAGCAAAGGCUACCCACUUCCCCCGGGGAGAACCAGAAUCUUGGGAAAAACCUCCCGGUUGAAUCAGCCAGGGAAGCAGCGAGGCCCUUUGUGGCUGAGGGCUGGCGGGGGGGAGGACGGCAUCGGGUCGCCUUUCGUUUCUUCUUGCCAAGCAGAUAUUUUUUUUAGCCACCUCUUCUCUGCAACCACCUGAGCCUCGGCUUUAAACCCUCCUGCUGAUAAAUAGUUUGAAGAAGUACAUGGACUUCUGCAGAGGCCACAUGCACCACGUUGAGUUGGGGUUUCCAGGGAUGUUUCUCCCCCACGCCUCUUCCGCAGGGGAGGGGCGGUCGUUUCAGGCUGUGGCUGCCUUCCGGAGGGUGGCUUCAAACCCUCCUUCCCUUCAUACUCAUUGAGGAGCAAAGACAGAGGCAGGGUAGGAGGGAGCAUCUCCGCCUAUCCCAAAGUCUUACCAGCCUGGAAACUCUUUUUUUUUUCCUUUGUUUUUUUUUUACACAGCAGAGUUUGUGGUCUGGGGUGACCCCCCUCCCUUGAUUGAAUGACUUCUGUUGAAAAUGAUGUGUGUCUGUGGACGUUCCAGUCUCCUGUAACCAUUUUCUUAAUUGCUUUUUUUGUGUAAGAAUACAACUGAUGUAGAGAGGAGGUUCCAAUUAAAUGCCGCUUUUAAAGUA